AUGGCACAGCAUUACAGUGCCCACCAUUAUUUCCACCACAACACCGAGUAUCAUCUCGCGAUUUGCAAACGAUGUGAGCACGCCGUCAAGCCCCCCGAGAUCAUCCGCCAUCUAUCCCAGCGGAAGGGCCAUGGCGUCCCUAUGCGCGUUGCCCAGAGGGUAUGCAAUAUGAUCCACGACGCAUGGCCCGAUGUGGUAGACGAGCCCAGUAUAUUCCCCACGCACGUUAAGCAGCCCAUUCCCGCGCUGGCUAUCCAUAAGGGUGGGAUCAAAUGUCGGUCUUGCGCGUAUGUUUGUCGCACAACUGAGAGUAUCCGGAAGCAUUGGCGGCUAGAGCAUCAGUUCUCCGUAUACAACCAUAGUCGGAAGCCGCGCCCAUCCGAAGUCCAAGCUGGUCAAGAAAAACGCGAGCAUGCGAUGCAGCGUGUGGUUUGCCAGCGAAUUUUCCCAUACGGGCUAGGCUCGCAUUAUAUUCACAUCCGCCAGCCCGGUCCCGACUGUGAGCCAGCGCCGCCUCCCCCGCGCGCGGAUAUAGUCGACGAGCUUAUACAGCAGCUCGAACAGACAUAUAUCGAUUCCCAGCCACGCCGCCAAACGAUCCAGGCUGCCCGCUCGACGAGGCGAACCCGUGGCUCCGGCGGACGCAGUGGGCCACAUAUUUACAAGUGA